AGCAUCCUUCUUCUGUUUCCGCAUCCAGGCAGCAUUUAUUCAGGGGAUCCCAAACACCACCCGUCCACUAAAAGGUCCUGUCCACCAACAGCUGUUCCUCUCCAGGGAUAACCUGGUUCUGAUCCGUUCGCCUCUCAGCCCUCGCAGCCAUCUCCUCCACUUUGUCCCAAUGAAGGAGGCCGACGCCAUCAAGUUGUUCGUGGGCCAGAUCCCCCGGAACCUGGAGGAGAAGGACCUCAAACCCAUUUUCGAGCAGUUUGGCAAGAUCUACGAGCUAACCGUGAUUAAGGAUAAAUACACGGGGAUGCACAAAGGAUGUGCGUUUCUGACGUACUGCGCGCGAGAGUCGGCCCUGAAAGCCCAGAGCGCUCUCCACGAGCAGAAAACGCUACCGGGGAUGAAUCGACCCAUCCAGGUGAAACCAGCUGACAGUGAGGGCCGAGGAGAGGACAGGAAAUUGUUUGUUGGCAUGCUGGGAAAGCAGCAAAGCGAUGAGGAUGUCAGAAGGCUGUUUGAGCCCUUUGGCAGCAUAGAGGAGUGUACUGUUUUGAGAGGACCAGAUGGGACAAGCAAAGGAUGUGCUUUUGUCAAAUUCCAAGGACACGCCGAAGCCCAAGCUGCCAUCAACAGUUUGCACGGGAGCCGCACGAUGCCUGGAGCGUCAUCCAGCCUGGUGGUGAAGUUUGCUGACACGGAGAAGGAGCGGGGGCUGAGGAGGAUGCAGCAGGUGGCCUCCCAGCUUGGCAUCUUCAGCCCCAUGACCCUCAACUUCCCUGCCUACAAUGCCUACACACAGGCGGUCAAUGCACAGCUUGUCCAACAGCAGGCCCUGGUUGCCCAGUCUGCGUACUUGUCUCCUGUGGCAACAGUUGCUGCCGUACAGAUGCAGCAGAUGGCGGCACUCAACGCCAACGGAAUAAUCGCUACACAUAUUACGCCCAUCACGCCAUCCUCGGGUACAAACACUCCACCAACUAUUGCAGCCACACCUGUACCAGCUAUUCCUCCACCGAUUGGAGUGAAUGGUUACAGCAACGUUCAAGCUCCCACAAAUGGGCAACAAACAGAAACACUAUACACCAAUGGAGUUCAUCCAUAUCAAGGUAUUAUGAUCCAUUGUAAUGCGUGUAUAGACGUAGAAGACUGUUAUUUAAUGACUCAACUCAUUAUGAUAUCAUUUAUUUCUUUUGUCAUCACUGCUUUUAUUUCAUAUUUUCCAGCCCAGAGUCCUGCAGCAGCUUUGGAUCCUCUUCAGCAAGCCUACGCCGGCAUGCAGCACUACACAGCGGCAUACCCGACUGCGUACGGAUUGGUCGGGCAGCCGUUUCCCCAGCAGCCAACGCUGGUUGCCCAGCAACACCAGCAGCCCCAGCAACAGCAGCAAAGAGAAGGUCCAGAAGGGUGCAACAUCUUCAUCUACCACUUGCCUCAGGAGUUCAGUGACUCUGAGAUGCUGCAGAUGUUCCUGCCCUUUGGCAAUGUCAUAUCUGCUAAGGUGUUUGUGGACCGAGCCACCAACCAGAGCAAAUGUUUUGGAUUUGUGAGUUUUGACAACCCAGCCAGCGCUCAAGCUGCCAUCCAGGCCAUGAAUGGUUUCCAGAUCGGCAUGAAAAGACUGAAAGUGCAGCUCAAGAGGCCCAAGGAUGCCAACCGCCCAUACUGAGUGACUGCUGAGAGAAGAAAGAACGAUAAUGUAGAGGUGACCUCUCAGAGUUCGGCUGAGGCAGAAUCCCAGGAUUCAUUGUGUUUUCAGGAUGUCUGCUACCUGUGAGCGUCCGCCAAGUGCUGCCACACACACACACACACACACACACACACACACACACACACUUACACUCUCAAUACGGAACCUUAAACGGAACAAAGCUGAUAUGUACAUAAAACGCACAAACAUUUCUCACAUAAACACACACAACUCACAAACAGCCAAAAGCUUGGUUUGACCAUAGUCUGUGUGAAACAGGGUGUUUAGUACAACUAAGAGAGGGCACCGAUGGAAACUUAUGAUACAUCACGUCAACAGACUUUUACAUUUCUAUACCGUGUCUAUUACAUGACAAAAAUAUAGAGGGACCGAUGUUUCAUAAUGAAAAGGGAGAGAAAAUUAAGGAAAAAAGGACUAAAUAGAUAGGUUAGAAAGACUUUGGAGACUAUCCUGAUGACCUGUAUAUAGUUUAGUUUACAAAGAGCAGCAUUUAAAAACAAGAAAAAAAAUGCAAAAAGAAUACUACUUUAGAUAAAACACUGAACAGAACACAGCAACAUAACUAUUAUUAUUAUUAUUAUCAUUAUUAUUCUUAUUAUUAUUACUACCACUAGUGACAUCAUUACAUUCCAAAUUGUAAAAAGGGAAAUCACAAACCUAUUUUUAAAUUUCUACUUAGAUUUUAGGUGAAACACGGGGGAGGGGGGGAGCUGCACUUUUACUCGGGUGGUUUUAAUAUUUGAGCUAUUUUUUAUUUAUUUAUUUACUAAUACUGAUAUUUAUUUACUUAAUUAUUUUUCUUUAUG